AACAGAACCAACAAAUAGUAAAGCAAAGUGUUCUACAUGCAGUUUAGACAUUAUUUAAGGCAAACACCAUGAACUGUUUUCUCUCACCACAGCGUAUGCUAAAUGUUUUUCUGUCCACAAAAAUCCCCGUAAGUAGUAGCAGUUACCUGUGCAAUCGCCAUUUAGAAAAGUUUCAGAGCAUCAAAUAGCAAACUUCCUGGAGACAUAUAGAAUUUAUUCAUUUCUUCUCACAACUUUACUUUCUAUAUCUAAGACCAAAGUUACGGUCUUCCUCAAAUUUCCAGUUUCACUAAUAAGACAGUCCACACCCAAUUUGAGUCGUCACGGUCGUUUACCCAGCUGCUUCUCAGCUAAAAUAACAAAACACAAUCUAAUGUAGCAAAGUAGGAGUGGGUUCCGUUGAAGAACAUUAGCGUUCUUUAGAGCUAUUAGCUACUACAAUGUUUAUUUCGAAGUCCUAAUAUACAUUUGUGCUCACCUUUUACUUUAAACAACACUAAGAAACCCGGGGAAUCACAUGUUAUUGAAUUAUCCUAAUUAGCACAACAACCUUCCGUGACUGAAAUGCCUGAAAAAUUAAACGUAACAUUUGAAGUGAUUGAAAGAAAGUAAACGUCUUCCCCAUGAGAGAGCUUGAGAUUUAAACGAAAAGGAGGCGAAAACUUACCGUUCUUUUUUUGAGAGUAUGGAAACUUGCAGGUAUAUGUAGAUCAUCACAUUAGGGUGAUUUCUCUGAAAAUUCUUGUCUAGAUAGGUUUAAAUUUAUUUAUAAAACCUUCCGUAAACAAGCCUCAGUAAACAAGGUGAGAUUGAAUUCGAUUUGAAAAUGAAUACCAAAUUGUAAUUACACCUGGUAUAAAUAUUUUACCUAAAGUCUAACACGUAAUAUUCAGGAACCAUAGGAGGUCAGCUCACUAGCGGGAACGUGGAAAUCAAAAUGUCAUUCACGGUCCUUCUUUUGGUCCUUUUUGAAAUAGGGUACAGUUUGGCAGAUGGCCACUGCGAUGGCAUCGACCCUCAUAAACGGUUAGACUGCGGUUAUUAUGGCAUUACAAAACAGCAGUGCGUUGACCGACACUGUUGCUAUGACAACAGCGUUCAAGGCGUGCCCUGGUGUUUCAAAAGUAAAAAAGAUCUCGAAAACAAAUGUCAGUCCAUUGCUGUCCACAAACGCGCUGACUGUGGAUGGAUUGGAAUAACUAAAGUAGUUUGCCAAAGAAGAGGGUGCUGCUAUGACGAUCGAGGAUAUAACGGGGAAUCAAAAUACUGCUUUUAUCCUAGGGGCAGCAAAUGUUAUGGCAUUCCUCCGCCCAAAAGAAGGGAUUGUGGAUACCCCGGAAUACAGCGUGAAAAGUGUGAAAACGACAGAGGCUGUUGCUUUGACCACACAGUGCGUGGCGUUCCCUGGUGUUUUCAUGGUCAUGAGCGUCCGAAUCCCCCUCCAAAUCCUCCAACGAACCCCCCUCCCAGUCCUCCACUUAAAGUUUCUCCGGUUCCGCCUCUGAUCAAUUCCUUGAUUCCUCCCUCGAUACCUGCACCAAAGCCAUCUCGUUCUCCUACUUCCCCUCAGGGGUCAGGCGAGGAGCCAAUGAAAGAUGCGUAUGACGGUCUCAUCGACUCCCUACUCAGCGACGAAUAAGUUAUCGUUGGAAUGAAAGUGAACCGUAUCAUUUAAUAACGCUCUUAAAAAUAGAGAAAGCUGCCUGGAGAGUAGUCUUGUUAGGAUAAAUGGGCUAAUUUUGAGACGGGUUUAAGCCAUGAUUAAACUUGUGGCAUCAAACACAACCGAGAGAAGACAAAAAAUUGAAAUAAAUACUCGUUUGUUGA